AGGUAUUAAACAUGUGAGACUCUGCAUGCACAGUCAUAAUUUGCGACUGAAUAUUGUAUGAGGCAUUGCCAAUAAUGAGUUGUUUACUGUGGAAGUCAGUCAUUGUCCUGAGCCUGGUUUGGGCUGUUGGAGGACAAUCGAGUGGAGAUGUGAGGCUGAUAGAUUUAUCUGGUUCAAUAGGAUACAGAAUUGGUAGACUGGAUGUCUACUAUAAUAGCCAGUGGGGGACAGUGUGUCAGGAUGGAUUCGGUCCAACUGGUGCACUUGUGGCUUGUCGUCAGCUGGGUUUCCUAGGUUACGUAGCCUAUGGGGUCGUACGGAGUGCACUAGCAGUGCCAGUAUCCACUCCAAUAUGGUUGGAUGACCUUCGCUGCAAUGGUUCUGAAAGCAGAUUGAACGACUGUCCACGAAAUCCUAUCGGAGUUCAUAAUUGUGUACAUUCUGACCAUGUGGGAUUAGUGUGUGCAAUAAAUCAUGUUUUGAGACUAGUAAACACCACUACCAGUGGGAUAGCCUCCGCUGGUAGACUGGAAUUGUUUUAUAAUGAUCAAUGGGGGACCGUGUGUGAUGACAACUUUGGUCCAAAUGAUGCAAUGGUGGCUUGUCGUCAGCUGGGGUACGCAGACUAUACUAAGUUUGGAAGGGUAGAAACGUUAGGUUUCUACCAGUCUUCAAAUUCCAGUCGGACAUGGCUGGAUAAUCUUCGUUGCAUAGGAACUGAAAGAAUACUGACUGAUUGCCCUGCUAACACUAUUGGAGUUGAAGAUUGCACCCACGCACAAGAUGUGGCCUUGGUUUGUACUGUAGAUGGAGACCUGAGGCUUAUAAGCAACUCAGGCCAAACAGGAGGCUCCUCUGGCAGACUGGAAGUCUUUAACAAUGAACAAUGGGGUACAGUGUGUGAUGAUAACUUCAGUCCAAAUGAUGCAAGGGUGGCUUGUCGUCAAUUAGGGUUCUUAACCUACACGCAAUACGGAACAGUUGGAACGCUAGGUUUCAAUGAAAUUUCAUCCGACUUUCCAAUAUGGCUGGACGAGCUUCGUUGCAGAGGAACUGAGAGAAGACUCACUGAUUGUCUUGCUAACACUAUCGGAGUUGAAGAUUGCACCCACUCACAAGAUGUGGCCUUGGUCUGUACUGCAAAUGGAGACUUGAGGCUGGUAAGCAACUCAGGCCAAACAAGAGGCUCCUCUGGCAGACUGGAGAUCUAUUACAAUGGACAAUGGGGGACAGUGUGUGAUGACAACUUCGGCCCAAAUGAUGCAAGAGUGGCUUGUCGUCAACUAGGAUUCUCAUCCUACAGUCAAUACGGAACAGUUGGAACGCUAGGUUUCAAUGAACUCCUAUCGGACUCUCCAACAUGGCUGGACGAGAUUCGGUGCUUAGGAACUGAGAGCAGACUCAUUAAUUGUCCAGCUAACACUAUUGGAGUUGAAGAUUGUGCCCACACACAAGAUGUGGCCUUGGUGUGCAGUUCUAUAGAGCUCACAGUAACACCACAAACAGCCUCUCCUACCACUACUAUACUUACUACCUCUGUAACAACAACAACUGCAACAGAUACAACUGGCAUCAUCAUUGGAUCUGCUGUUGCGGGGACAGUAAUUGUGUUUGUCGCAUUGACUUGCUUUAUAGUUUGUUGUGUUGGGCUCCUCAAACGAAGACAGUUGAAAGCAAAACAACUUACAAUGAUGUAUGAUCUUGACGCAUUACCUAAUAAUGCUAUUCGUCCCUCGCUGUCGACUCCUUUCAAUGACACACGACAAUCGAUCCUGAGUUCCACCACCAACAAGAUGAACAGGACAGAGUUGCCGCCAAAGUUGGUACCACGAUUUCCAACAGCCAAUGCUUGCUCAAAGAUACUUGGUAAUACGAAGGAGCUGCCUGAUCUACCACUAUCUCUAAAGAUAUCAGGAUCUCAGUUGAAACUGAGCAGUGGCCUCAUUGGACAAGGGGAAACCGGUAUGGUCUACAAAGGUUUACUGAUAAACUGGAAAGAUAAGCCGUUACAAGGAGUGGCGGUCAAAACAUUGAAAGGUUUGUUUUCUUCUACGGAUAUUCAAUUUCUGAUCACUGAGAUUAUCAAGAUGAAAGAUUUCAAUCACCCUCACGUCAUGCCCCUGAUUGGAGUCUGUCUAGAUGUCGGACCCGGCACUUCCAUGGUGAUGCCGUAUAUGGCAAAUGGGAGUGUACUGGAGUAUUUGAGGAAGGAGAGAAAUGGUCUAAAAUUGAAUGAAAACUGCAGCAAAGAAGAGGCCCAUGCUGUCAGGAAGCUUCUAUUGCGAAUAUGUCAUCAGAUUGCCUUAGGAAUGGAAUAUCUCUUUCAGCAAAGAUUUAUUCAUCGAGACUUGGCAGCACGAAACUGCAUGUUGGACUCUAGUGGUGAUAUCAGAGUUGGUGACUUUGGACUGGCCGAGAAUGUGUACAGUACUGGAUAUUAUAGACAGAAUGAACGAGCUAAUAUCAAGCUGCCCUACAAGUGGAUGGCAUUGGAGAGUCUAAACGAUGCCAUCUUUACAGAGAAAACAGAUGUGUGGUCGUAUGGAGUGACUAUGUGGGAGGUCUUCAGUGGCGGUCAGAUUCCCUAUCCUGGAGUAGACGUCGUGACUCUUGUUAAGUUCCUACAGAGAGGAAGCCGAUUGGACUCUCCCGUUAACGCUGCCUGUACUACUAACAUCUCAGCAGUGAUGCAGAGAUGUUGGCUCGAGGAUUCUGAAGAGAGGCCAUCCUUUGCUGACCUGUCUUCAAUAAUGGACGCCAUGCUCUCCUCUGUGUCUGGCUACACUGAACUGAAUAUGAAGCUCCCUCAUAAUAGCGAUACUGUUGGCACAAUUAAUACAUGCAUGAAAACGAUUUAAGCGAGUCACUAAUGAACAGAGCAACUAAUGUGAGAAUUGAACUAACUAACAUCAAUGAUAGAUUGAUUAAAUAGAUUAAUGAGAUUAAUGACUGCAAUGCAGCAUGCAAUAACUUUUGCUGUGACAUUGUUUUGUUUUAUUUUUAUUUUUAGUUUAAAUUAUAGCUAUAGUACAAAAAAAACUGCUAUAUACAUAACCCAUGAUAUAUAUAAGAAGUUAAC